CCAACCCGUGACUCCGCCGAGCCAGGCCGCCCCUUUCCGGCGCAGAUCCGCAUGGCGGCGACGGUGACCGUGGAGCCCGCGGGCCGCUGCCUCUGGGACGAGCCCGUGCGCAUCGCCGUGCGCGGCCUGGCCCCGGGGCAGCCGGUCACGCUGCGCGCGUCCCUGCGCGACGAGAAGGGCGCGCUCUUCCGGGCCCACGCGCGCUACCGCGCCGAAGCCACGGGCCAGCUGGACCUGGAGCGCGCGCCCGCGCUGGGCGGCAGCUUCGCGGGGCUCGAGCCCAUGGGGCUCCUCUGGGCCCUGGAGCCCGAGAAGCCCCUGCUGCGGCUGGUGAAGCGGGACGUGCAGACGCCGUUCGCCGUGCAGCUGGAGGUGCUCGACGGCCACGAGCCCGAGGCCGGGCGGCUGCUGGGCCGGGCGGUGCACGAGCGCGCCUUCCUGGGGCCCGGGGUGCGGCGGAAGCCGGUGCGCGCGGGCCGGGUGCGCGCCACGCUCUUCCUGCCGCCAGAACCUGGGCCCUUUCCUGGGAUUGUGGACGUUUUUGGAGCUGGAGGUGGCCUUCUGGAAUAUCGAGCUAGUCUGCUGGCUGGGAAGGGUUUUGCUGUGAUGGCUCUGGCCUAUUACAACUAUGACGACCUCCCCAAGAGCAUGGAGAGCCUCCACCUGGAGUACUUUGAGGAAGCUGUGAACUGCCUGCUUAGUCACCCUCAGGUAAAGGGUCCAGGAGUUGGGCUGCUUGGCAUUUCCAAGGGGGGCGAUCUCUGCCUCUCCAUGGCCUCCUUCCUGAAGGGCAUCACUGCCACCGUCAUAAUCAAUGGCUCUGUGGCCAAUGUUGGUGGAGCCUUGCACUACAAGGGGGAGACUCUGCCCCCUGUAAGUUCCAACCUAAAUCGUAUCAGGGUGACCAGUGAGGGCUUUGCAGACAUUUUGGAUGUCCUCAACAGCCCUUUGGAAGGACCCGACCAGAAGAGCUUCAUUCCUGUGGAAAGGGCUGAGAGUGCCUUCCUGUUCCUUGUAGGUCAGGAUGACCACAACUGGAAGAGUGAAUUCUAUGCCAGUGAGGCCUCUAAACGCUUACAGGCGCAUGGUAAGGAGAGGCCGCAGAUCAUCUGUUACCCAGGGGCGGGGCACUACAUAGAGCCUCCUUACUUCCCCAUGUGCCCGGCUUCCAUGCACACCUUGGUGGGCCGUCCUGUCAUCUGGGGAGGGGAGCCCAGGGCUCAUGCCAUGGCCCAGGUGGAUGCUUGGAAGCAGCUGCAGGCUUUCUUCCACAAACACUUGGGUGGGGUAAAGGGAACAAUUCCAGCAAAACUGUAAUCUUUUAUUUCAUUCUACGGCGUCUCUGAUGCUAAUUGAUCCUCGGAAGAGCUGCACAAUUGGUGUGUAUGUAUAGUUUUCUUCUUCUUAAUAAUGACUUAGAGUUUUUCUCCCAUCACUGUUAAAACAAACUGACCAGUGAAGUUUCAAGAUUUUUAUAAACUACAUACCUGUUCAGUUGUUUGGGAAGAGAGUGAUUCUGAGAAACUACAACAGAUGGAAAAAGCAUUUCUUUUAGUAUCUCACAGCACACAACUGACAAGGCUUUAGCUGUGAAAAGAAAAGUGAGUAACACUGGUUAACAGUGCCUGGUACAUUAUUGGUGCUCAGUAAUUAUGUUUUUAAUUAUUAUUUGUUUAAUUAAUUUAAUUAGAUUAAUAAAUACAUGAUUACUUACUGUUCAAGAAAAGCAUUAUAGGGGCCAGCCCCGUGGCCGAGUGGUUAAGUUUGCAUGUUCCGCUUUGGUGGCCCAGGGUUUCACCAGUCUGGAUCCUGGGCGCG